AUGGAGGAAGAAAAAGACUGCCAGUUGCCGUUCCUCGACGUGCUGGUGUGCGGAAAAGAUGGUGGGGAACUCAACACAACAGUUUACAGGAAUGCGAAGAAUACCUCUCGCAUCCUGAGUCACCUCAGCAACCAUCCCGUCUCGCACAAACGUAGCUGCGUGCGAACGCUCUAUCGUCGUGUAGAAACCUACUGCAGCGAACCAGCCGACAAGAAAGCCGAGGUCCAGUAUCUGCGGAAACUUUUCACUAUGAAUGGCUAUCCUGGUGCAUUCGUCAAGAAAUGCAGGCGAGGAGCCAAACUAAGAAAACCAACGGGACAACCAGAACCGACACGCUGGCGAGCAAUACCCUAUAUUGCUUGUUUUUCUGAAGAAUUCGCUCGACUGGUCAGCAAAUUUGGGAUUGGCGUCGCUCACAGACCGGAAGCCAUGAUCCGCAGGCAACGUAUGCAGCCCAAGGACCCAGUUCCCGUUAACCAAAAGUCCGGUGUCAUUUAG